UGCGCGCGGGCUCCUCGGCGUCGGGGCGGGACCGCAUCGCCCAGAAUGCACCGGGCGUGACGUCACCGGCGGGGCAGGGCGAGCGGCCGCUUCCGUGUUGUCUCUCGUUUUUGGCUAGCAGCGUCUUGACAAGUCGGCGCCGCGAGCUCGGACUUCGGGAGUCGACGCGAGCGCCGACAUGUCGCUGCAACAGAGCUCCAAGAGGAAAGACAAGCGCGUUCUGUCGGCCACCUGCCCGGACCCCGAGUGUCAGGCGAGCCUGUUCUUCCCGGCUCACGGCUCCGUUAGCAUCGAGUGCACCGAGUGCGGCCAGCGGCACGAGCAGAAGAACCUCCUCAACGUCCAGGAGGUGACCGAUCCCGACGUGGUGCUCCACAACCUGCUCAGGAACGCCCUGCUGGGCGUCCCCGGCGUCCCCAAGAAAGGCACCGAGCUGGUCAAGGUGAUGGGGCUGUCCAACUACCACUGCAAGCUGCUCUCUCCGGUCCUGACCCGCUACGGCAUGGACAAGCAGAGCGGCAAGGCCAAGCUGCUGAGGGACAUGAACCAGGGCGAGAUGUUCGACUGCUCGCUGCUGGGCGACCGGGCCUUCCUCAUCGAGCCGGACCACGUGGCCACCGUGGGCUACGGCAAGGACCGCUCGGGCAGCCUGCUCUACCUCCACGACACCCUGGACGAGAUCAAGCGGGCCAACGGCGACCGGGAGUGCCUCGUCCCCGUCCACGUGGACGGGGACGGCCACUGCCUGGUGCACGCCGUGUCGCGGGCGCUGGUCGGCCGGGAGCUCUUCUGGCACGCUCUGCGCGAGAACCUCAAGCGGGACUUCAAGCAGAACCUGGACCGAUACAAGGCCCUCUUCCAGGACUUCAUCGACGCCGCCGAGUGGGAGGACAUCAUCAACGAGUGCGACCCGCUGUUCGUCCCGCCCGAGGGCGUCCCGCUGGGGCUGCGCAACAUCCACAUUUUCGGGCUGGCCAACGUGCUGCACCGGCCCGUCGUCCUGCUGGACUCGCUGAGCGGCAUGAGGAGCUCCGGCGACUACUCGGCCACCUUCCUGCCGGGCCUGGUGGCCGAGGAGCGCUGCCGGGCCAAAGACGGGACCCUCAACAAGCCCAUCUGCAUCGCCUGGAGCAGCUCGGGCCGCAACCACUACAUACCGCUGGUGGGCGUCAAGAACGCGGCGCUGCCCCGGCUCCCCGCCCACCUGCUCCCCAAGGCCUGGGGGGUCCCGCAGCAGCUGAUCGGGAAGUACAUCGAGCUGGAGGCGGACGGCGGCUGCGUGAUCGGCGGCGACCGCAGCCUACAGGACAAGUACGUCCUGCGGCUGGUGGGCGCCAUGGAGGAAGUCUUCGUGGAGAAGCACGGCAUCCACCCGGCGCUGGUGGCCGACAUGCACCAGUGGGUCUACCGCCGCACCGGCGUCAUCGGCGUCCAGCCCGAGGAGGUGACCGAGGCGGCCAGGAAGUCGGUGGCGGAGCACCGCCUGCACCGCUGCCUGGUCUGCGGCGCCCUCCUGGAGCUGCGCGUCCCGCCCGACUGGCUGGUGCCGGGCGGCAAGCUGUACGACCUGGCCGAGUCCACGCACGGCCGGCUGCGGCCCGACAAGAACUACAGCUUCCCGCUCAACAACGUGGUGUGCUCCUACGACCCGCGCAGCGACUCCCUCCUCCCCGACUACGAGCUCAGUUCGUUCAGCGCCUGCAACUGGUGCCACGGCACCUCGGUCCGCCACGUCCGGGGCCACGGCCUGGUGGUCUACCUGGACGGGGACCGGACCGCCACGCGCUCGCGGGGCGGCAAGUGCGGCUGCGGCUUCAAGCACUUCUGGGAGGGCAAGGAGUACGACAACCUCCCGGAGGCCUUCCCCAUCACGCUGGAGUGGGGCGGCCGGCAGGUCCGGGAGACGGUGCACUGGUUCCAGUACGAGGCCGACCCGGCGCUCAACAGCAACGUGUACGACGUGGCCACCAAGCUGGUCACCAAGCACUUCCCGGGCGAGUUCGGCAGCGAGAUCCUGGUGCAGAAGGUGGUCAACACCGUCCUGCGCCACACCGCCAAGAAGAACCCGGACGAGUACAACCCCGUGUCGGUGGAGGGCGCCCACGCCGCCGCCCGGGGCCCGCCCUCCAAAAUCAUCCUGACCGGGCCCAAGGCCAAGACGCUGCACAAGGAGGAGCUGACCAUGAGCCGGGCCGAGCGCAACCUCCAGCGGAGCAUCGGCGAGCAGGCCUCGGUCACCCAGCGGCGCCGCGCCGAGAGCGCCGGGCCGGACCGCCGGGCGCGUUCCCCCGAGACCCCGGCGCCGGCCACCCCCGCCAAGUCUCCGGCGCCGGCCGGCGGCGACAAGAAGAUCCGCGUGAGCGCCGCCGACGGCAGGACGGCCACUCUGACCCUGGGGCCCCGCGCCUCGUACUCGGAGCUCCGGGCCAGCAUCGCCGAGCACUUCGGGGUGGCGCCGGCCCGGCAGCGCAUCCGCUACGGCUUCCCGCCCAAGGAGCUGCCGCCGCCCGCCGCCGGCCUCGAGGGGGAGCCCGUGGCGCUGCGGCACGGCGACCGGGUCACGCUGGAGGUCCUGAGGGAAGCCGAGGACCGGGUCGGGCCCGCCGGGAGCCGAGACGAGACCUCGUCGGCCGCGGCGAACGAGCGAGACCUUCGGGACGCCGUCGACCUCGAGAUGUCCUCGCUGUGCCUGCUGGCGACCUUGAUGGGCGAGGACGUGUGGUCGUACGCCAAGAAGCUGCCGCACUUGUUCCAGCAGGGGGGGGUCUUCUACAACAUCGUCAAGAAGGACAUGGGUCUGCUGAACGGGAAGCACUGCACCCUUCCCCACCUGACGGGUCGCACCUUCGUGUACAACGCGGCCGAGGCCCGCGUGGAGCUGUGCGUGGACGCCGCCGGCCACUUCGAGGUGCGCGGCGACGUGGAGGAGCGCGUCAAGGAGGCGCUGGCGCGGCUGCGCUCGGACGCCUCCGGCGGGGGGGGCGGCAGGGAAGGCAGCCCGGCGCGCGGCGCCCUGCGACUGGGCGGCGGCGGGGUGGUGCGCAAAAAGGAGGAGCUGCACGCCGUCCAGGCCUUCCAGGGCAAAGGCCACUCGCUGGGCGGCCGCGGCGUGUCCCGCGGGCCCCCCGACCCCUCGGAUAUCCCCGAGGACGCCGGCCUACAGCCGGUGCGCGUGGCGCCGGGCUUCGUGACCAUGAAGGACGGCCGCGGCCUGGACCCCGCCCUCAUGGAGCAGCAGCGCCGCAAACUGCAGGAAAUGGUCUCCUCCAUCCAAGCCUCCGUGGAGCGACACCUUCGGCGCCAACCCGCGGCCGGGGGACGGACGAUCAUCGGCGCCGCCGGGAAGACGGAGGACGAGGACGAGGACGAGAUGGAGAGCCGGGACGGGGAGCAGGGCGAACCCAUGGACCACUCCUGAUCUCGGCCCCUCCCCCGUCCGCAGCUUUGCCAUAAUUACGGACAACAACGGAAAAUAGAAGGAUGACGAGAAUCGGGUGACUUUCAAAAGAAUCCAGUUUGCAUUUGAUCUGACGCAAGAGUGAAGGAAGAACAACAAGCAGCCUUUUGUUUGUCCGACUCGACUCGGACACAUUUUGCCCUUUGCACGCGUGUUGAAUUUACAAUAAAAAUGAGUCAAAUCUUG